AAUCAGCCGUUUGAGAGCUGUGUUUUUUUGCCUGUUGGGGCUACGGGAGAAGAGUUGGAGGGAAGAACGGCUCCAGGCGGGCGGCGGGCCCUCGCUGCGGCCUCCGCGGGGUGGCCGUCUGUGUGCGCUGGCUCCAGGCCUGCUCCCGGCCUCCCCGCUGUGUGGCCCGUGUCUUCAGCGCGGCUCUUGUGAACAGCGGGGUUUCGCGCCGGGGCCAGGCCUGUGUUCCCUCUUCCCCUGAGAGACUUCCGUCCCCCUCUUUCCCCGAGAGCUCCGUACAGCAAACGUUUGGGGCUCGUUUUAAAGGCACAGACUGUUUGAGUGAAACAACCUUCAGGAACGGCCCAUUCUUCGUUUACCUCAGUGCUUACAACCUGAAUACAAAAUUGGUUUGCCACAAGUUGGUCCCUGCUGCGGAAGUGCACUUGGGACCUGACACAAAUGCAUCAGUCAGGAGAAAGAGUCAGCUUCCCUGGUGUCUUCAGAGAAGGCCAGGCUGACAGCUGUGCUCACCCAUUGCAGUGCUAAGAGCAAAUUUCAUGGACUGGAAGUGUUUGUUGAUACCUGAUCCCAGUAAACUGGUUCCCAUUCUCUUAAGAGCAUUUCUCUGGUUGUAGCUGGCUCUCUGUGCUGAGGGAUAGUAGACUCAUCCCAUCAUGCCCACUGUGGUGGUAAUGGAUGUAUCCCUUUCCAUGACCCGACCUGUGUCUGUUGAGGGCUCUGAGGAAUAUCAGCGGAAGCACCUGGCUGCCCAUGGCUUGACAAUGCUAUUUGAACACAUGGCCACAAACUACAAGCUUGAAUUUACAGCACUGGUGGUUUUUUCAUCACUUUGGGAGCUGAUGGUCCCCUUUACAAGAGAUUACAACACUCUACAGGAGGCACUGAGUAACAUGGAUGAUUAUGACAAAACCUGCUUGGAGUCUGCAUUAGUUGGUGUUUGCAACAUUGUCCAGCAAGAAUGGGGUGGAGCAAUUCCUUGCCAGGUUGUGCUGGUGACUGAUGGCUGUCUUGGCAUUGGCAGAGGGUCUCUGCGACAUUCCUUAGCUACUCAGAAUCAAAGAAGUGAGAGCAACAGAUUUCCACUCCCCUUUCCUUUCCCGUCUAAGUUAUAUGUCAUGUGCAUGGCUAACUUGGAGGAGCUUCAGAGCACCGAUUCUUUGGAAUGCCUUGAACGACUCAUAGACUUAAAUAAUGGUGAAGGGCAAAUUUUUACUAUUGAUGGGCCCCUGUGUUUGAAAAAUGUACAGUCAAUGUUUGGAAAGCUGAUAGAUCUGGCAUACACGCCUUUCCAUGCUGUUCUCAAGUGUGGCCACCUAACAGCUGAUGUACAAGUCUUCCCCAGGCCAGAACCUUUUGUUAUAGAUGAAGAAAUUGAUCCUAUCCCUAAAGUCAUUAACACAGAUUUGGAAAUAGUGGGCUUUAUUGACAUAGCUGAUAUUUCUAGCCCUCCAGUUUUGUCCAGGCAUUUGGUCUUACCCAUAGCCCUUAACAAAGAAGGUGAUGAGGUGGGUACUGGCAUCACUGAUGACAAUGAAGAUGAAAAUUCAGCCAAUCAGAUUGCUGGCAAAAUACCCAACUUCUGUGUGCUGCUCCAUGGUAGCCUGAAAGUGGAAGGAAUGGUGGCAAUUGUUCAACUAGGUCCUGAAUGGCAUGGAAUGCUCUACUCCCAAGCUGACAGCAAGAAGAAAUCAAACCUCAUGAUGUCUCUCUUUGAGCCUGGCCCAGAACCUCUCCCGUGGCUAGGGAAAAUGGCACAGUUGGGUCCCAUUUCAGAUGCUAAGGAAAACCCUUAUGGGGAAGACGACAACAAGAGCCCAUUCCCCCUGCAGCCCAGAAACAAACGAAGUUAUGCCCAGAAUGUGACUGUCUGGAUCAAACCCAGUGGCUUGCAGAGGAGAAAUCCCUGCACUCUAACCACUGAACCGUCUCUCCAGCUCCAUUGGAAGUUGAUUUUUUUAAUGUCCUGUGAGCUAAGUGUCCAGCUUCAUUCUUCUGCAUUCACUCAGUUAUCUCAACAGCAAUCAUCCUUUCCCCGUCAGAGGUCUAGCCAUAAAUAUACAGAUGUACAGAAGAUCUUAAGAAAUGCAAGGAAGCUCCCUGAAAAAACACAGACAUUCUACAAGGAGCUGAACAGGUUACGGAAAGCUGCCUUAGCCUUUGGUUUCCUGGACCUGCUUAAAGGGGUGGCGGACAUGCUGGAGCGGGAGUGCACCCUGCUCCCGGACACAGCCCACCCUGAUGCCGCAUUCCAGCUCACACACGCUGCCCAGCAGCUCAAGCUGGCCAGCACUGGCACCUCUGAGUAUGCUGCAUAUGACCACAACAUCACACCCCUGCAUACGGACUUCUCGGGGAGCAGCACUGAAAGGAUGUGAUGCUGACCUCUGGAGCUUCUCUUCAUUCUGUCUAAAAACGAGUUAGGGGUGAAACCUUUUCCAGCUUAUUCAGCUCUGUAUAGCUACCCAAAGACCUCGAGCUGUCUCACAAACAGCCCUUGUGGGUUUCAAUGUUCCUACUGCAGUCUGAGAGAAGGUCUGAAGGGUGGUUGUCUGGGGCUCUGACAUCACCUCUAUGGGGCUCAGCAUUUAGGUCCAGAAACAGCCUUUGCUCCAUGACCAGCAUGGCUUCUGGGAGGCUUGGACAGAUGAGGAGAGAGCUCAGGAAGCCUGACCAACGAGGGUCUUUAAGUAUCCAGAAAGCAACUUUUCUACAGGUUUAAGUCUCAAUUAUAUGGACAUUCUUAAAGUCCUGUACUAGGAAUGAGCAAUCCAGAUGUCUAGAACUUGCCUAAGUACAAACCUGAUGCCACUGAGUUUCAGAAUUUUUCUUAGAACUUGUUUAAAUUCAGUGGCAGUGCUCAGGCGAUUGUGGUGUAUCUCAAAGUACAAAUUUUAGACAGAAACCACACUAUGUGUAAAAUCACUCCUGUUCAUGUUUUUAAAUGAAAAUUAAAUAUUUGAUUUUCUAUAAAAAAAUAUUUCACUUAGAGACAAAUUGGUUUGGUUUGCUUUUUUCCAAGACAGGGUUUCUCUGUGUAACCUUGGCUGUCCUGGACUUGCUUUUGUAAACCAGGCUGGCCUUGAACUCAUACUGACCCACCUGCCUCUGCAUCCCAGAGUGUUGGAAUUACAGACAUGUGCCACCAUGCCAGCAACAAAUGAUGCUUUUAUCUGUCUUAUCCCUUGAAUGUAAUUCAGCUUCCAAAAUGUCAGAUUCCUAAGUCCUGACUUUUCUGGGGUUCCAUAUUAACUUCCUAGUUUUUGACAGGUUCUGGCCAGUGGCUCUGAGAGCACGGAUGGAGGGUUGGGCUUCCCCAGGCUGUCUGCAGUGCUCUCCCCGCUGCUCUGUGACUGCCAUCAGCACUCCCUCCGGUUGCACCCGUCUCUGCUUGUGGUCUAGUGUGCUCAGGUACUCAUGCAGUACUAUGCCCCAACAAGGGAUCUUAGUCAUUGAAAACCAUUAGGUUGAAUAAUCUUUAAGCACAGGUUAUUAGAAUUUUUUGACUGUAAAUGUUUUAAUAGAAAUACACAAUCUUUCACUUUAUCAGACAGCAACAAAGGGGAUGCUAAUAGCAACUAGAACAUGGGAUUUUGCACAACGAUGUGGCAUAGUUGACUGCAAAGCUGACCUGCCGGGUCGGUCCCAUGGUCAGUAGAAGGAACACCAGAAGGCAAUACCAACAGUCAUUGACAGAAGCUGCAGACCUGGGAAAUACUCUUGAGUGAAAUGAGGUGUGUGGAACCAGCCAGCUUAAUGCUAAUCCACUCUGGACGCACUGCAACACAGGUCUUUCCCCAAGCACAGCGGGAGGAAGGUCCGGAGCUGUCCCCCUUAAGCUCCUGCUUCUAGUGUUCCUCUGCCACUUGGUUUACCUGGAAUGCGGUAGACAGACUAAAGAUGUCUUGUACAGUGGCCAACCCUGAAGUCUAGAUUCUGUUCAGUUCCCCUUUUGGGGAGUUUCCUGCAGGAAAUCCCCAUGAUAUCCCAGCUCAGGUUCCUACUGCACACAAUUUUUACAAAAAUAAUAAUAAAAAUAAAAAGCCAGGCUGUGGUGGCGCACACCUUUAAUCCCAGCACUUGGGAGGCAGAGGCAGGCAGAUCUCUGUGUUUGAGGCCAACCUGGUCUACAGAACAAGUUCUAGGACAGCCAGUGCUACACAGAGAACCUGUCUUAAAAAACAAACAAACAAAAAAACCACACACAUACACAAAAACCUAAUCAGGAAAAACAAAAAAACAGGUGCUUGAAGUUCAAAAAAAGUAGUCUCCCCAAUCACUCGGGAUACCCAAGGGAGUGGACGGAGCUAGCCUAAGGGCUGCAGACUGACUGUCUGCAGACAGCCCAGCACAGCCUAUUUCAGUGUGACACCUGCCAUAGCCACCAUUACCGCAGCUGACUCCUGCCUGGCUCCUGCAUCUGUGCCCCCUUCAGACCCUGCAGCAUUCACAUUUGGAAUUUAAUCUCAGUGUUUUGCAAGUAACGCUCCCCCUUUCUAGUAUUGCAGACAGUUCUGAUAUAGCUAUGAAUGUAAUCAUGGUAUCCCCAUGAUUGCUUUCUCUAAAUCACUCUGCCUUUUCAAUGCUUGGUAAGUGCUGUAGUCAUGAAUGUCUUUAGGCCAAAGGACAUCAAAUAUGAAGUGUUCUCUAGCCCUACUCUGUCUGACUCAAAAAUGUUUUAUCAGUGACCAUUUUUACCUGUUUUUCAAAUCAGUGCUACCCCACUACACAAGUAAGGGCUUGGGUGUAUUAGGUCCUGCCUGGGUCAGUUUUGAAGAUCCUCAAAGGAAAAAUGUAGCCUUGUUUUUUCGUUUGUCACAAGCAAUAGCAGAAAAGACCAAGCCUAACUGUAAAGAUAGAUGGUGCCUGUAGGGAAGCACAGACAAUGAAGGUGUAGGGCCAGUCUCUGUCGUUAGACACAGAGUAAGCCUGUGGUCAGCUACCAGAUACCCAUGUCAUGCAAAUACAACACUAAGAUGAAACACGGUAAAUUCAGGAAUGUUACUGGAAAGGAGACAGCCUUACUUUAACAAACAACCAACUUUUACAUCAGAACAAGAAGGUAAAACAGUAAGAAUCAUAGAUUCAGCUCAAAUGAAGCUGCCCAAUUUCUCUUUAGUGGAGCUUUUUCUUUUUUUGUCCAUAUCGCCGCCUGCGCUGUUUAUAAAGGUGACGGAAAUUAAUAUAUAAUCCU